AAUAAAGUUAGCAGGCCAGGGUUAAUAGAAGCGUCUCCUCCGACGUCCGGCAAAGGUCAGUUGGGGGCACAGCGGAUGGAAUUACGUCGGCAGACCAGUCAUGAUGGAAUGGCGGGGCUCCAUGUUGACAAAGAGUCCAGUCCAGUUGGCACAUAGGUAUUGUCACUGGAGUAACUUUGUUUACUAGCCGGGAGAUGCGCCUAGCUCUCGCGUAACUGAUGCUAGCUUCGGGACAAGGGCGUUAGCCACUAUAGCCACUCGGUAGCAGCUAGAUAGCAGCGAUGAUCCGAUGCAAAGGUCGAGAGCUAAUGGCUGGAAUCCGGUAGUGUAGUGAAUUCUAGUUGUGUUAGUGAAGAGUCCGGGAGGCAUCAGCUGAGUGGCCAAGUAAUCAUAGGGUCCACUGAGCAGGCCGGGAGAUGGGCCUGGCUCAAGGCUAGCUUCGGGCUGGGCCACUCGGUGGCAGCUAGCUAGCUGCGAUGAUCUGGUGUAAUGGUCCAGAGCUUACGGCAGGAAUCCGGCAUUGUCGUGGAGGGAAAAAAACUGUCCGAUUUGCUCAGGGUUGAUAACGCGCUGUGCAGGCUGGAAAGUAAUUAUCCAGGCUAAAAGAGUCUGGUGUCUGUGCUAAAGGUAAAGGUGUGCUAAAGGUAAAGGUCGCUUGCAGUAGCUAACAGUAGCUGCUGAUUGAGGUUUUGGCUAUAAGGUCUAAAAAUAGCAGAUCUGUAUCACAUUGGGUGAGGCGGGUUGCCGGAAGAUAUAUUUAAUUUUAAAAAAUCGAUAAAGAUAAUGAACAUAUUUUGAAAUAUAUACAAAAAAGACUAAAAAUAAAAUAUGUACACGGGAGAACGACAAACAACGUCUGCACUGCUACGCCAUCGUGGAGUUGCACUAACCAACUGUAUCCAAGCUAAUGAGCGUUUGGUCUUAGUUUGCCACAAAUGUUGUUGAUAGACUAGACAUAGAUGAUCAAUUCAGCCUUUUGUGAAAACCACCCUCUUUGUCCACAUCUAUAAUAAGAGCAUUGACUUUCCUCAGGACCUGCAAGGCUCGAUGGAGAGGAUCAGCUCUUUCCUGCAGUGCCCCCUGGUGGGCGAGGAGUUAACCAACGCCCUGAGACACUGCAGCUUCAGCAGCAUGAGCGAUAACGCCAUGGUGAACUACACUCAGAUCCCAAAGGAGAUCAUGGACCACAGCAAAGGGAAAUUCAUGAGGAAAGGUAAAAUCGGUGACUGGAGAAACAUUUUCACAGAGGAGCAGAUUGGUAUUUUCGACACCGUCUACAGCUACCAGAUGAAAGACUGUCCCUUGACCUUCAUGUGGGAGUGUCCUCCUGAGUCCUGUGGGGGAGGAGGAGGAGGACAGGCCUCUGGGGAUCAGGAUAGGGCCCUUACCCUCCACGACGCCGGAGAUUGAUGGAUACGCUUCAUACAAGUCCUUGAAUUCUCUCACUGAUGUUCUGUGUUUUUGUGAAUGUACGUACAUAUAAUGUACACAACCCAAUAUAGUAAAACUAUAUAAUGAAAUUGAUAUGUUAAUAUAACAAAAAAUAUUGUGUGUGACCUAUUUGUUGUUGUAGUUGGGUUUUUCCACCUCUAAAUGUUACAGUUAACUGAAUGAGAGUGAAGUUUCUCCUCCAUCUUGGCUUGUGCUGCAAUAGCUAGAUGAUGGGACACGAGAGGGACACAUUUAACUCCCUGACUUUGACACAUUGGAAAACCUCCCAGUUUGUGACAGUGCAUCAAGCAGAAGGGAUGAUAUAUUAACUCCAGAAAGGCUGACAUGUACAUAAAAAGCUGUUGUUACAUCAGCCACAUAGCUUGACUCCGAACAACCUGGAUUUCCCAUAUAUAGCUCAUCUACUUUACUGUAUGUCCAUCAGUAUGGUUCACAGCCCUGAGUUGUUAGGAAACUAUGUGACUGAUGCUAACAUAUGGGCAUAUAUCAUCAUUAGACCUAUCUAAUCCCAGAUUCCAUGUGCUGCUCAACUAAAAUAAUGUGAAAGAUGGUGAGUUGUGUUAUGAAAGUGUUCAAGACAGUACUGUCUCACCGACCAGAGAUUGCGGUCAAGUGUCCUUAUCAUAGCGCUCUGGUUGUCUCAUUGAUGCUGCUAAAAUAUACAACCACAUACAGUA